AGCAAGAAUACUGGCCUAGCCUGUACUAGCUCGCUCCUGUGGACGAUGUCUCACGAUGUUGCCAAGAAGCAGUUCUCGGUUAAUAUGCUACCACCCUCGUCACUUGAUGAUGGUCCUCCAACUCUCGAUGUUUCUACGUGUUUUUCUCACCGCAGGAGUGCUCUUCUCCGGAAAACAUUUUGCUGCUGCCGUACGCUUUGGGGCGGGACCGGGAGCGGGUCGUCUUUCCCCCAGUAGAGCGUUGUUGGAACAACAACGUGCGGGAGACGACGAAGAUAAUCAACAACCGGUUUUAUUUGACGAUGAAACGGUGCUGACCAAGGCGGUCCCUGUAGACCCGGCCGAUAAUGAAGAAAGCACAGCUGCUGGAAGUUUGUGUACCCCCAGGGAGGUCAUCUCGUCUCUUUGCACCACCAAUAGACGACCUGUACACGACUCUGAUGGGUAUCUGCGUCCAACAUCGUCAGCGGCCUCUUCAUCAUCCUGCACGAAGAAAGACGCUUUACUUGUUCCAGACGAAGAUACUUCUUCAUCAACCUGCUGCACAACUCCUAAAAAGAACAAAAGUCUUCUUCUACUUGCGCACAAAGAAAGAGAAAGUAGAGAAAGUGAUCUGCGACAGAGGAUAAACUUUGCAAAGACCGACCUUGACCGGAAAAAGUCCGCCGUGUUUCACCGGAAACUGGGACUUUUCCGUCGAAAAACACUCCACGUGUUGAAAUUCUACGCUCCCGCCGUUUUGGCUUUUCUUGCCGGGGUUUAUUAUGAUUGCGGUUACAACUUCUACACGGGACGAAAUUUUUGGGAAGCGGGUCAGGCUUCGGCUGUUUCUACCACGACGUCGGGUGCGGGAGCUGCUACGGGAAAUAAAGCGGGACAAGAAGCUGCAUUUCAUGAAUUGGAUGCUGCGCUCCUCGUCGCAGCUGCGGAGCUCUAUUGCAGGCACAGCCUCGUCGUCAGAUCCAUCAACGACCACUGGGGCGUGGGCGCCUCAGGACGAAGUCGACGCGGGGAAUCCUAGUAGGGCUAGUAGUACUGGUACAACUACCCGUGCUGGUGGUACAACUUCUAGACGAGAUGCACCAAGCGGCUCUGGAAGAAGUACUAGCGCCGGAGCUGCUACAUUGGGGUCGUCCGCCUCCUCGACAGCAGAAGAUCUGAUUUUUCUCCCGUCUUUCGUCGAGCAGGGUGAAAUUCGAGUGUUCCGAUCCUUGUUCGCUGACUUUCUGGAAAACAAAACCUCCUCUAGUCUCUCUGCCGCCUUGCACGAGCAAAUGCUGGCGGAACAAGCGAGAGUCCGAAAUGAAGACCCGGUCCAGCGUAUGAAGAGAGUGCGCAACUCCCCCUCCCCCUCAUUUGUAAUGAAAAAGGCAAAACUUCCCAAGUGCUUCCCUGUGGCACUGUAUGCAUGAGAGAUUCCGGAAGUCCAAACAGUAGUACACUAGGCGCAUGAACUUGAUGUCAUGCACAGGCUCUACGUGUGCUGGUGUUUGUAUUGCUGUUCAUGCAGUACAAAUGAGGGGGAGGGGGAGUUGUGCACUGUCAUACAGAGGUUCGCUCAGCAAUACGUGUGCGCGACCUGUAUGGACUCCCCACUGCAAUUGCCGCAGGAGGUUCAGCAAAUGUCGGGCGCUGCUGGAGACACGAGGAACUCCGGUGCUGCUUACGAGACGAAAAGGCUAGCGGUGUUGCCUUGUGGGCACACCUUCUGUGAGGGUUGCAUCACACAGUGGACGCACAAUCGCCCCGAUUGCCCCUCCUGUCGCCGUAGCGUUCCCCGUAUGAGAUCAAUGCACAGCCCCCAUUUGAUGUUGUUCCCCGCUUUAUGUAAAUAUAUUAGUUUGGAUUUGGUUUUGGAAGAAAAGCAACCGCAAGAAUUUUUGCAGCUCCUGCAUGCCAAAUUAAGUAUAUGCGCGCGGCCUGUAGUAAGGAAGAGGAUAGACAUAGAUACAAGUGUUUGGUUUUUCCUGUUGAUGAGAGGCUGCACUAGUAUCUGCAGUUGCGUUUUUGCAUGACGACAAAGGUGGGACCCCCGGACAUGGGGAGUUGUGCGCUCGGAUACCCCGUGCCCUUCAUACCCGGCGCCACGGUGCCAGCACGUUUCACUUUCGUCCGCGCGACCUCUACAAUGAGAGCUGUGUUCCACGUUACGAGGCACCAAGAGGUCAAGGGCAACAAGCAGGCCUUGGUCGUGUUGUACCCUUGACGUUCAAUAUCUACACGCGCGACACGGAAGUUAUGGUUUUCUCAACUGUUGCAUUCUCAACUGGUCGCGUUACAUGGAUUUGUCGUGCAAAACUGUUUUACCUUAGGCCGCCAGACGAUCAAGCUGCUUCGCAUGACAAACCAUCUCCGAAGGGCUAUACAGCAUGGACAUCUGUAACAAAUCCCUGAUGCGAAAGCAGCAAGCUUGCCUCUACUUUGAUUCUUGUGGUUCUUUCAUUACAAAUUCAUGCAACAGUGUCCGGAAUAAUGUAACGUUUGAGAACGGGAUAGAAUUAGGAGAUGAUCCUCGUCCCAGGGGGUACGUGGAAUUGGUGCAGCCAAACGCGGAUCCAAGUGGCGAGUACGCAUUGCAAAUAUGUCUAGGUCAGGAAAGCUGGAAGUUGUGAUGCUGGUUUUGGAUUCCAAAAAAUGCUGUCUUGCCUGAGCAGCUUUUUGUUACGCGAACAGGGCAUUUGUCAUCCUCAUCCGGCGGGAUAGGCAUCAAGAAGCACUCAGAGAGUCUGUGACGCUAGGGAAAAAUGCAUCACAGACGUCAUGGGUCAUGUAAAAUCUGCAUGACAAGUUGCACCCUUCCACCAGACCCAGAUCGAUAUUUGCAAUGCAUAGCGCCACAGGUGGAAGGAUUCCAUUUACACCGAAAGUUGAAAUUAUCGAAGAGGGAGCCGCUUCGUCAGCGGACCAGGCCAGUCGUGGACCUGCGGUUGUGCAGCACACUGGUAUCUUAAAAAAAAAAAUCUCCCCUCCCCAUAUCGAAAAGGCAUCCUUUUGAAAAUUUGUGAUGCUGAUUUGAGGUCACAAACCAGGUCUGUCGUGCAAGAAAGCAAAGCCAGGGCUUCCGCCGCUUUACGCGGGCGAUUUGUAAUGCUGUUGCGCCAACAGGGCAGACGGCUACCAUGCUCAGCGCCCACUUCUAGCCAGCCCUUUCCAGGUUUUGCAUCUGCCUGCAGUCAGGCCCGACCCCGGGAGCCACAGGCUGGCUGCCUAUUCAUUUGGGGGGGCGCCCCGCCCAGGGGCGCAGAAACAGGUCCGCGCGGCCUGAUUCGGGAGUGCGAAGCGAACUAACAGCCCCCAGGAACGAAAUUUUUGGGAAGCGGGUCAGGCUUCGGCUGUUUCUACCACGACGUCGGGUGCGGGAGCUGCUACGGGAAAAGCGAGGCAAGAAACCGCAAUUACAAAUGCCUGCAAUUCAUCGUGCGCUGUCGCACCUACUAAUUCUUGUACCGCCAGCACACCAGUGAAACAAAGCCUCGCAGCACCAGUAGAUCGGAUCCGAGCUUCUUCUACUUCGCGAGCUUUGUUGAAAGAGAAAGCAACGUUGUCUCCUUCGAUUUCUGUUAGCGCAGGAGCCUCAGAGAAGUCGGGGACGAGCAAGGCGACGAGUUGUCAUUUAUUCUCUGCGCCCGCGGCGGCACAACAGCGAGAUACUAAGAACGGCUCAUCUUCAAAAAUCUGGCGGAAAUUCUUUGUACCACUCCCCGUGGCGUCAUCUGCAACUACACCAGGACCAUUAUCAGCUUGUGCCACGACUCCUGUUUCGACCACGACGACGACGACAAACCACGUAUGCAAGAAAAAAGCUGUGUAAGUCUAACUCUGUACCUGUAGGAAGAGCAGCAUAGCAAAUUCGUUUUGCAUUACAGGGAAAACCUGUCAUGCGCAGCUAGCACAUGGAAACACGUAAGGUCUGAGGUUGUGACGCACACCCAGCAUGACAAGCGUGAGGACAGUCUUGCAUCAUCCGCAACACAAACUUACAGUUACACAGUUUUUUUCUUGCAUACCACGGAGGACAACUCGUUGACUACCUCAUUGACAUGCGGUGGUGGUCCAUGAAGAUGACCCCCACCGCGGAGGACCUUGUCUUCUGGGCGUUUCUGCAACUCCUCCUCUCCACCGGAAGCUUCGUGUGCAACCGACUCCCGGGCACCACGGCCGGGCUGCUGGUUGCGGGGAGUCUGUUCGGCCAAUGUGAUAGGGCAAGGGAAAGGGAAGAGGUUUUGUUGGAGCGUAUGCAGGAUGAACUGAAGUGCUUGGUUGAUGAGGUGGCGGAAAAGGAUGAGGAUUUGAAACAAGCGGUCGCGGAAUUGCGGGAGAUGUUGCUGUGGGCCGGCGACAUUAAAGGGGGAGAAAUAAACUGCUGUCCCGGAGGAGAAAAGUUCAGUGACCUCCAGGAGUUGCUGGACGCAGGUCGUAGUGGUUGUACUUCUAGCAGUGGCUGGACAACAUCGACUCGUGUGGUUGACCGGCAGUGCGUGAGAAAAAUCGUCAAAGACGCUGCUGCGAAAAUUUGGAAUGCAAUAUCAGGCGGUGGACGAAGCAGGUGUAUAGUAGAAGAGAAAUCCUCGUCUUCUGCCUGCUGAAAAGAAGUAAAACCAGAACAAUGAUAAAGCAAUCCCGCUCGUUCUUCGGCGCCAUAUAGUUAAGUGACAUCGAAAGAAGUAUAUAAAUAUCCUUUUUCGCGCUACGGUUUUCAACAUAUUUUCACCCCUGGCCGAUUUUGAACGACGAGGCCUCGAAGUGCUCGAAGUCGAGUACAUCUGAGAAUUUAGAUUUUUUCGCUUUGAUCCAGCGUUCUCGUAAGAUGACGUCGACGUCGUCACUUUUCUUGUGCAAAAUAAUGAACCACAACCAUGCUUGCUUGAUGAUUAUUUCUUUGAUUUGCAUUUUCGUCCCGUGCGCCCAAACCCAAAGUUUCAUACGUGCACUUAUUUGGAAUCAAGGAGUUGUCCUUGUCGUUUGCCAACCGUUCUUCUGCAAAAUGAAUCAAGAAUGUCUAAUCUAGAAAAGAAACUAGCAUGAGAAGCAAAUAAAAAAAGACCGGCAGAAGCAUUCUUCUAUGGCACCACUGCUGGUGCUGCCUGCUGUUGCGAGAAACCCUACGUAUUUAC